AUGGAAAAUGCAGCUACCAUCCUGGAUAAGACUGACAAACCCAUCACAGUGGAUCCUGAAGGAAGAAGGGCCAAUGCAUUUGAUUAUGGAUCAGGUUUUGUUGAUCCUACAAGGGUCCUUGAUCCUGGCCUCAUCUAUGAUGCACAACCGAUAGAUUAUAGAGCUUUUCUCUGUUCAAUUGGUUAUGAUGAGAAGUCACUACGUCUGGUCACAAGAGAUAAUAGCACAUGUAGUCAGACAUUCAAAACUGCUUCCAGCCUGAAUUAUCCUUCUAUCACUGUUCCAAAUCUUAAAGACAACUUCUCAGUGACUCGAACCGUGACAAAUGUCGGGAAACCAAGAAGUGUUUAUAAAGCUGUUGUGUCUAAUCUGGUGGGAAUCAAUGUUACUGUUGUGCCAAAGGAACUAAUCUUUAACAGCUCCGGCCAGAAAAUCAAAUUCACAGUGAAUUUCAAGGUGGUUGCUCCAGCAAAGGGCUAUGCAUUUGGUUUUUUGACGUGGAAGAGUGAGGAUGCACGGGUCACCAGCCCCCUAGUUGUCCGGGCUGCACCCUCCUCCUUGGGGUUAAUGAGAUAA